AUGAGAAAACUCUUAGUCGGUGGUAACUGGAAAUAAAAUGGAACUGUCAAGUUCGCUCAUGAUUUCUCCUAGAACGUCCUCAACAAGGCUAAGUUUGAUGCUAAUAAGGUAGAAGUUGUAGUUUCACCAUCAACUCUUCACCUACUAACUGCAAAGCAAGCUCUUCAAAACCAUAUCUAAGUAUCAGCCUAGAACAUUUCUUAAUACAAGAAUGGAGCUUACACUGGAGAACUCUCUGCUGAGAUGCUGAAUGAUGCUGGUAUCCACUGGACUAUUCUCGGUCACUCAGAGAGAAGACACGUUUUCGGUGAAAGUGAUAAAGUAGUUGGAGAGAAGGUUAAACAUGCCCUCGCUCACAAUCUUAAGGUCAUCGCUUGCAUCGGUGAAAAGUUGGAUGAGAGAGAGUCUGGAAAAACCCAAGUUGUCAAUGAGAGACAACUCAAUGCUAUCAGAGAACUUGUCAAUGACUGGUCAAAUGUAGUAAUUGCCUACGAGCCAGUAUGGGCCAUCGGAACUGGAAAGACAGCCUCUCCAGAGCAAGCCCAAGAAGUUCAUGAUUAAUUAAGACAAUGGUUAAAGAGUAAUGUCUCUGCUGAUGCUGCCAAUGCAACCAGAAUUCUCUAUGGAGGUAGUGUUACUGAGAAGAAUGCUGAUGAACUCAUUGCAAAGAGGGACGUCGAUGGUUUCCUCGUCGGUGGUGCUGCACUUAAGGAAGGUUUCCUUGAUAUCAUUAGAGCUGCCAAUGAUGCCAAGAAAUGA